AUGAGUAAAGUACCGAAGGAUCUUCUGUUACGGUCAUGCACUGAUCUACUUGACUACAGCAACAAGACUAAGAAGCGGAAGUUUACAGAAACAGUUGAGUUGCAGAUAGCCCUAAAGAAUUAUGAUACUCAGAAGGACAAAAGGUUUUCCGGGACUGUACGACUGAAGCACAUCCCUCGCCCUAAGAUGACCGUAUGUGUGCUAGGAGACCAACAGCAUUGCGACGAAGCCAAAGCUAAUAAUAUCCCAUGUAUGGACGCUGAAGACUUGAAAAAGUUUGGGAAAGAGAAGAAACCUUUGAAAAAGCUAGGUAUGUUGAGUUUAUCUGCUAAUGUUCGCAGCUAA